AUGAUGGAUUAUGCUAAUAGUAGUCUUGAUCCAGAAGUUCUCGAAUUUUAUCGUCCCAAUAGAUCUAAGCAUGUUCGAUGUCAUUCUCACCACCAUACUCACCAGUUUGUACACCCACGGCGCUUUCACAAUCCUCAGCCUGUUACUCAGACACAGCUGUCAUUAGCACCAUACAAAAAUUCCAAUUACGCAACACCUAAUGUUGUUCAUCACGGAAACGUGCCCAAUUUCCCGGAUUCACGUAUGCAUCAUCACAGACCACAACUUCAACCACAUGUAACUCACAAACCCAACUCUGAACACUACCAUUAUCAUGUCAGUCAAAAUGCUUUCAGGUCUUCCGUAAGUCCACAGAAUCUUGGUAGUACAUGCGGAGGAAGCAUAAAUACUCUUACAUCAACAAGUGGUGUCAGCAGUAAUUCUGGGAGUUUUUGUACCAGUAGCGGUUCCCGUGCAAGCCACAAGUCUGGGACUAGUCUCCGUGCAGUAGACCUCAUCCCUUUGUUAAAAGAGAAAAUCGCACUUUUACCUGGUGGUAGAUCAAGAAGGGGUGGACCAUUAUUAUGCUUUCCUUCAAAUUCUCGGGCUGAUGAAAUUCCUCUUGAGGAUCUGUACGUCCUCGUGAGAUACCUAACAUACCUUCCUGAUGACAAAGUCAAGCGAUUGGGUUUCGUAGUUAUAAUCGAUAUGCGGAGUGGAACAACAUGGCACAGUGUCAAACCAAUUCUAAAGGUCUUGGAAGAAUGUCUCGGACGGGAUGUGGCUUUGACAUUCAUAAUUAAGCCUGACAAGUUUCUUGAGAAACACAAAGCCCAGUUGGCGAUUGGCAAGUUCAGUUUUGAAAUCCAGUUAGUGUCUGUGGAUGCUUUGUUUCGUGAAGUCGACCCAAGUCAGUUAACUGCAGAAAUGGAGGGAAGUCUUCCGUACCAUCAUGAAGAGUGGAUCAAAAUUCGUUGCUGUCUUGAAGAAUUCUUUUUAUUCGCGAAUGAUAUGUCUGACAAGUUUGGUCAGCUUUAUUGUUUUCUGGACAGAAAACUCAACCCGGAAACUGUUGAUGAAGCCAAGCGUGCUUUGGAGGAACACCGAUCAGUACGUUUAAAGAUUGUUCAAGCGCCAGUUCCAGCCCUGGAGGCGGAAGCCGAUCGACUCACUUCGUGGUUACGCUAUGGUAUUACUGCGACACAGUCUGGUGCCAACGCAUCCGUCAGUUCCGGUUCCCAAGUGUGUUCUAAUACUGGUGCAUCUGGUGGAGGUGCAUCUUUUCUUGCAACAUCAUGGGUUUCUAUGAAUCCUGAUUUUCAACAGUUGGUUCCUCAGGUUCGACAUACAGUUUCACAACUCUAUGAAUUUCGUACUCGUCUUCAGCAGAAGUGGGAAGCUGGAAGAUCGCGAUUGGAACAGAUUUAUCAGCUUCGCCUGUUUGACGAAGAUGCCAGAGGAAUGUCUAACUGGAUAGAUCAACAACGUCACUUGUUUCUUACAGAAUAUCUAGAUAUUGGUCAAACAGCUUCACAUGCUGCUGAUCUACAUGCUGAACACCGACAAUUUCUCUCUAAAUGUAGUAGCGUUCGGGAACAAGUUGCUCGUCUUACAGGAGUAGCUGGGAUGCUUGCCGAUACAGGCCAUUUUGCUAGCCAACAAAUCUUAAAACAGGCUAAUCAGUUGGAGCAUGAAUGGAAAUCAUUUACUGCAGCCCUAGAGGAUCGUUCUCGUGUAUUACAACUAUCUGCCAGCUUUCAUGCUAGAGCUGAAUCUUUCUUAGCUAAUUGUCCACAUUGGGAGAGUGCAAUGCGUCAAGUGAAUGGUACAUCUGUAAAUGAAUUAAAUCAAGCCUUGAUUACACUGCAGGAAUAUUGGCAAGAAGCACAGUCUGCUCAUGAGGAAGUCUGUGCAGAUGGUCGAGCUUUAGCUAAUCAUUUAAGCUCUCCUGUUCCUACUGGAUCUCAUACUUCACUAACAGCUGCUGUUGAUUAUUCACAAGGUCGAAAACAUUGUACAGAUCUUGUUCAUGAGAUCUGGGCUUGGUUUAAACAGUUAGAACGCGUUUUCGGUGAACGUAGACGUCGCCUGACAGCUCGAUUAGCAUUAUUAAUGUUUAAAGAGGAUGUUGGACAAGUAUUAGCUUGGUUAACUGAACAUGGAGAACCAUUUCUGCAACGUCAGACAUCUGUGGGAAAGUCUAUUCAAAGAGCAGAACAAUUGUACAGUGCACACAUGCAGUUGAACAGGUGA